AUCCUGUGCAUAAUAUUGCAUGUUUAUUUCAGCUCCUGGUUGUGUGUUUAUGACCUAUUUGGGAUUCAUGAUUGCAAUAGGAUCUGAAACUGUUUAUGUUGUCCCUCACAGCAGAAUCGAGGGAGCUUUUGCAUUGUUUAUAACAGCAGUGCUCUAUGCGAUAUUCUUUGCUAUCAGUUAUAAUAGUGAAUACUCCCAAGUUCAAAGAUAACAGAAUGUUGAUGAAUGGAUUAAUUCACAGGAAAUCAGAGAAGCAGAAAUGGAGUUGCAAAACCUUCCAAAACAACAACCUACAGAAUAAUAAUCAGAAGAUUUCUAAUGA